CUGAGAGUCCCCUCAGCCCCCCGCCCCCCUUCUCCAAUCCACACCGACUCGAUCUGCUGGAGCUCAGCAGAGAGACUAUACCUGGAUUUACAGAGAGAGAGAGCGAGAGAGAGAGAGCGAGAGAGAGAGAGAGAGAGAGAGCGAAGCAGCCGGAGAUGAGGAUCUAGGUGGCCGCUUCUCCUCGCCACUCUUUUGCAUCCCACUCUCGGGCUGAGCGCGGGAUUGCAAUAAAAGUGAGACUAAAUUUGAAACUACAUCUCCUUUUUUUCCCCCCACCUCCCACCUUCUUGUCGCUCAUCUGCGCCUUCUUUUCUCCUUUUUCGCCUCUGCAUCACCGCCGCACUUCCAGGAUCGGAUCUGAAGAGUUGUUAUUGUUUAUUCUCACUGUUUUUUUAUUCUUGUUGGGGUCUUUUUUUUACAUUCUUGCGCUCGCGUUGAGGAUCACCAGCAACAAUAACUACAAAAAAAAAAAGAAAACAAUCUGAUUUGCGAGCUUCAGGAUGGACGUGUUGGCGAAUUACAGUAUCUUUCAGGAACUUCAGCUCGUGCACGACACCGGCUACUUCUCGGCGCUCCCGUCGCUGGAGGAGAACUGGCAGCAGACGUGUCUGGAGCUGGAGCGGUACCUUCAGACAGAGCCCAAGAGGUUCUCUGACCUCUUUGAUGAGGAGCUGGACUGCCUCCUGACGCCAGCAUUCAUGAAAAGGGACAGUGAUGAGGACCUGAUGGACCCUCUGCUGCCCAGCCUAGCUGACCAGCCUAGUCCACCACCACCUCUGCUUGUGUCCCUACCCAAGAGCCUCCACGCCCCAGCCAGUGGAAAGCCAGCAGACGCAGGGGGUAAAGAAGGUAAUGGGGGUGUGAAUCCAGCACAGCUGAGUGCCGUCACCUCCCUCACACCACCCUCCUCCCCCGAGCUGGGUCGGCACCUGGUCAAGCCCACGCAGACUCUGAGCGCCACAGCCGACGGCACACUCACGCUCAAGCUGGUGGCCAAGAAAGUGGGUUUGGGUGCAGCUAAGUUAGUGGCGACACACUCGCUACCCUCACCGCCUAGCCGGGGUGCACAGAGUGAUGGAGAGGGAGGCGUGGGGUCGGUGGGGGUCAGCGACAUUCCGGAGAACAAGAAGAGGGUCCAUCGCUGCCAGUUCAAUGGCUGCAGGAAGGUUUACACAAAGAGCUCCCACUUGAAGGCACACCAGAGGACGCACACAGGUGAGAAGCCGUAUAAAUGCUCCUGGGAAGGCUGUGAGUGGCGUUUCGCCCGCAGCGACGAGCUGACUAGGCACUACCGCAAACACACCGGCGCCAAACCCUUCAAGUGCAACCACUGCGACAGGUGUUUCUCCAGGUCUGACCAUUUGGCUCUGCACAUGAAGAGGCACAUCUGAGGGAGGAAGAGGAGAGCGAGAGCGAGAGCGAGGGAGGGUGGGAGAGAAAGAGAGAGAGAGAGAGAGAGAGAGAGAGAGAAGGGGAGUGCGAGAGAAGAGGUUCACCCAGAGAAGAAGACCCCUGCGGAGAACUCAAAAAACAAAAGCUCGAGCUUCCUGAGAGGAGAUAGAGGGGGAGCUUUUGAGCGAGAAUCACGAGGCGAGGAGGUUUCUGAGGGCAAAGCUUACGGGAUUCUUCAGCAAGUCCGCAAAAUCCAUUGCCAUUUUCGCAUUUUUUGAUCCGUUUAAUUAGCCCGAGCGCUUGGCUUGGGAGUCAGACACUGCCAAACUGUUGCUGUUGUCUUUUCCUUCACUAUUACUCUUCUUUGUACAGUAAAAUCACAACAUGAGACAGGAGAACCUGUGAACACUGCAUUAUGUACAGAUCCCUCCAGCGCACAUCACGUUCCACACGAAAAAAAAGAAAAUGAUGCUUCUGCUGUAGAAAUGUAAAUGUCCUCUCAAGAGUCGUACCCUCUGACACUGGACCGGAAAGUUCGCUUCCUUGUUCUUCUUCCGAGGAUUCGUCAUCGCGACGUCUUCGCGCCGUGUACAGCGAGCUCGCCAACUUUGGAAGACGACGUUGCCAAAAGACAGGCUUCCGGACGGUGGCCAGAGCCUUGUGGUCCAAAGGCGAGGUCCGGGCUGACCUCCCCCUGCUCUCCGCUUCAGAGCGUGCCUCCCUCUCUCGUUCUUUAGGCAACUAAAAUGCGCAGCGACACUUUCUUGCCUUUGUUUUUUUGUUUUCUUUCUUUUUUUUGUAAAAGACAGUGUUACGACAAACAGAAAGAUUGUUUCUGAACUGAAAAUGUCUUAAAACUUGGAAAACAAGAAGACGAACUUUGCAUACACGAGCGUGAAUGUGCACAUACGAGCACUGGGAAUUGCUUCGGACAAAGCGGCCUUCCCUGCAUGCGCGAAGUGUUCAAUCCAGCGGCACCUAUCUAGCACUGACAGGAAGGACGUUUGAAGAAACGGACAAAGGAUCUGGGCUCUACUGGCUUGCAAUGAAAAGGGAAGGAUGCCCCUCUGGUUUUCUGUUCUGUUUGCUCCAUUCCGAAAGCAAGCGCUUUUCUACACUGGAAAAAACGCUCGCUGGCUCUGUGCUGAUACCGGCGCCCAUAUUGGAGCUUCUACGGAGGACUAAAAGGCCCGUCUCCAGCUGCUCCUGCAGAAACUGGAGGCAAGCAGGACAUUCUGCCUCUUGGAAUUUCUCAGACUGGAGACGCCUGCUGGCAUCAGAAUUCCCGAAAA